AUGCCUCUCUCCAAUGGCAGUAUGCGAAUCCAACGGUUGAUUGUAUUGCUUGCCAUUGGUGUACUUGCCAUCUUCUCUCUUUUGCUCCUCCGAUCCUCAAGCACGCCCGAGAAACCUAAAGCUAUAGACUUGCCUCCUCUCGAACCGCCCCAACCCCCUCAACGCCAUGCGGAGCAACACACCUAUCCCCCCGAGAAGGAACACCCGAUUUCGCGUCUGAUUGGAAAUGCCCAGCAGGUCUUUGAGAAUGCGCAAUCACGCCAGUCUCAGACUCUGGCCGAGGCCGUGGAGGAGUACAAACGCCGGUACAACAUGCACCCGCCACCACACUUUGACAAGUGGUUCGAAUUCGCCCGGUCGAAAAACGUACAGCUAGUCGAUGAAUUCGACUCCAUCUAUCACUCCCUCCUCCCGUUCUGGGGCCUGAAACCGGAAGUGAUUCGUGAGCGAGCGCGCGAGACUCUUGGCUUCGAUAAUGCGGUCCUCGGUGUUCUGAUUCGUGACGGCAAGGUGUCCCUGACCGACGGAGGUGGUGAUGAUCGGAAGUGGCAGCGUGACGCUACCGCGGGGAUGAUGGCUUCAUUUGUGAAGUACCUGCCGGACAUGGACUUGGUGUUUAAUACCCACGAUGAGCCUCGCGUGAUCGUCCCGAAUGCGGACCUGGAGCGUCUGGUGCAGUCAGCCAAGGAGCAGAUCAUCCCUGCUUCAUUCAAGAGAUCCCCCACUAAUGCGUGGUCUGCUCGUGCCGCGGACCUCAACAAGGGCGAUCGCAUUGACGGGGUGCGCACCACCCGCUUCAACCGAUUCGCGCACCAGCCGACCUGGACAAACUCCCGAAUUUCCUGCCCUGUCGACAGCCCUGCACGCUCCCUCGACGACGAUGCCCCGGACAACGUCGAUCCUUACGCCUAUGGUGAAUUUGGCUUUAUUUAUAACACGACGGCAGCCUCCGACAUCUGCAACACGCCUUCACUCCGCUAUACAUACGGCUUCUUCGACCGACCCAACGCAUUUGACGUUGUUCACGACCUGUUCCCCGUCUUCUCGCAGAGCAAGAUCUCCAGCUUCCAGGACAUCAUCUACCCGAGUCCCUGGUAUUGGGCCGAGAAGGUACCGUACGAUAGAAGGAAGGACUAUGAAUGGGACUCCAAGACCGACCGCAUGUAUUGGCGUGGGUCGACCACCGGUGGAUUCUCGCGCGCAGGUGGCUGGCGCAGACAGCACCGGCAGCAAUUCGUCGGCAACGUCAACGCCUUGGGCACUAGCAAGAUCAUGAACCACCAGGAUGAUUCAUGGGUGUCGCAGGAAGUUUCCAAGGCCAACUACAAGGAGAUGUUCGACGUCAAGUUCACACUCAUUGGGCAGUGCGACCCGGACGACUGUAAUGCGCAAACCGAAUACUUCGGGGUCUUCAAGCAGACCGGGCAGCAAGAUGCCUGGGCACACAAGUAUUUGGUCGACAUCGACGGCAAUGCCUUCAGUGGGCGAUUCCAUGCCUUCUUGCACAGCAACAGCUUUGUCUAUAAAAUCGCGAUCUUCCGCGAAUGGCAUGACGAGUGGUUGAAGCCUUGGGUGCACUACGUGCCGCUCAGCUUGAAGGGUAAUGAGUAUCUCGAGAGCAUGCGAUACUUCACUUCCAAAGAUGGCUCAAGCUCUGCUCGCCAGAUUGCCAGUCAGGGCCAGGACUGGGCCCAGAAAACACUACGCAACGAAGAUCUGGAGGUUUGGUUCUUCCGAUUGCUCCUGGAAUACGGUCGCUUGGUCGAUGAUAACCGCGACCAAUUGGGAUUCACUCUUUGA